CCGGCAGCGCCACCGCUGUCAGUCUCGCUGCUUAUUGACUGCUCCGCCAGCGCUCACCGGGAAGGACACUCACCGGCGGGAUCUGCGCCUUGCUCUCGCGCGCCCGCCUCCCUUCCAGUAUCAUAAUUUUUCACAUUCGCAGUGUAACUCAGCCCCUAUGACACCACUCACACCGUCGUCAACGAGACGGAAUUACGGACAGAGAAGAGAGGAAACCGGGGGAAAGAAAUGCUCUCUUCUGACGAGACCACACUCCGACUGAGAGCCAAACAGGAUGACUUCAACCUUCUGGAGAUUCUUGACAUACUUUUACUUGGGGUUCCAGGUCAUUCUGCACGCCCUCAUCGACCCGUGCCACCUCCACCCGCAGCCGUGCCACAUCCUCGCGCGGAUAGGGCACACGCUGCGCCUGGGCGCGCUCUUGCCUCCCCGUCGGCCGGCCAGGGUGCAGGCGGCCCUGAACCGCGCCCUCGCCGGACUCGGUCAAACCGGGGGCAACCACCUUCCUUACAACCUGAGCCUGGAAGUGCUGGCGCGAGAGCCGCCGCACGGAGACCCCGAGUCCCUCUUCACGUGCGUCUGCCAGACCAUCGUUGUGCAGGGAGUCUCCGCUGUACUCGCGUUCCCGCAGACCCACGAAGAACUGGUGCAAGUGGAAUUUAUGGCUUCUUUUUUGGAAAUACCGUUUAUUAGCAUUAUAGAGCAAGGAGAACCGCUGCAGAUACAGAACAGGUUCCACCUGCAGAUGCUGACCCGCACACCCCCGUCGGGCGUGGCCGAGCUCCUGCUCGCUAUCCUGGAGCGGGGCGGGUGGAAGGAGGGUGUAGCCCUGUCCUGCGGCGAGCGGGAGGAGGCGGGGCUUCUGGACCUGCUGGGGCGAAGGGGCGGGGCCUACUGGCAUCUGCAGGCCACCCUGUUCCUGCCGCGCGGCGUGGAGGCGGAGCAAGCGCAGGUCACGGCCUUCCUGCUGGAGCACCUGGGCCAGGUGCCGGGCCCCUCCCUGGCCACCGUGCUGGUGUUCGGGGCCGACCCCCAGUGCGUGGCCUCCGUCCUGCGGAUCGCCGACGAGCUGGGCCCCACGCUGCCCGCCGCGCACUGGAUCAUGGGUAACCCGCUGAGCCCGGACGCGCUGCAGGCCAUCGGCGGGCCGACGGGGCUGGUGGCGUACGGCGAGGUGGAGCGCAAGCCGCUGCAGUUCUACAUCCGCGACUCCCUUCAGCUCCUGGGCCGCACCGUAACCGCGGCAACCGCCCUGCGCCCCGACCUGGCGCUGAUCCAGAACAUGGUCAACUGCUACGACAAGCCCAACAAGCACGAGGUGCUCUCCUCCGGCCAGUACCUGGCCAGGUUCCUGUGGAACUCCUCGUUUGAGGGCCUGACGGGGGCGGUGCGGGCGCAGAGGGGCGGGUCGCGGGUGCUGACGGGGCAGCGCUUUCGGGUGUGGCGGCUGCAGCGGGACGCCGUGGGCAACCCCGCCUGGGUGACCGCGGGCCGCUGGGACGGGCGGAGCCUGGAGGCCGAGGACCCGCACGGGGCGUGGCCCGGGGGGCUGUCGCCACGGAAACCGGCGGGGGCCGGGCCAGGGGGCGGGAGGAAGGGCGGGGCCGGCCGGCGCUGGAGGGCGGGGCUCCCCGUGGCCGGGAGCCGGGUGCGGGUGGUGACGCUGGUGGAGCACCCCUUCGUCUUCACCCGGGACUCGGACGAGGACGGGAACUGCCCCGCGGGACAGCCCUGCCUGGACCCCCACGCCAACAGCACCCGCGUCCUGGACCUGCUGUUCCAGCGGCUGGAGCGGGGCGGGCCCAACGGCACGGACCCGCCCCUGCCCGCCCGCGCCCGCCGCUGCUGCUACGGCUACUGCAUCGACCUGCUGGAGAAGCUGGCGGAGGACCUGCGCUUCGGGUUCGACCUCUACAUCGUGGGCGACGGGAAGUACGGCGCGCGGCGGGCCGACGGCCGCUGGACCGGGCUGGUGGGCGACCUGCUGGCGGGCGGGGCCGACAUGGCCGUCACCAGCUUCAGCAUCAACUCGGCGCGCAGCCGCGUGCUGGACUUCACCAGCCCCUUCUUCUCCACCAGCCUGGGCAUCCUGGUGCGCAGCCGGGACACGGCCGCGCCCAUCGGGGCCUUCAUGUGGCCGCUGCACUGGUCCAUGUGGGCCGGCAUCUUCGUGGCGCUGCACGUGACCGCGCUCUUCCUCACGCUGUACGAGUGGAAGAGCCCCUUCGGCAUGACGCCGCACGGACGCAACCGCGUGCGCGUCUUCUCCUACUCCUCCGCGCUCAACCUGUGCUACGCCAUCCUGUUCGGCCGCACCGUCUCCAGCAAGACGCCCAAGUGCUGGACCGGCCGCUUCCUCAUGAACCUGUGGGCCAUCUUCUGCCUGCUGGUGCUGUCCAGCUACACCGCCAACCUGGCCGCCGUCAUGGUGGGCGAGAAGACCUUCGAGGAGGUCUCCGGCAUCCACGACACCAAGCUGCACCACCCCUCCCAGGGGUUCCGGUUCGGUACGGUCCAUGAGAGCAGUGCGGAGGACUACAUGAAGAAGAGCUUCCCCGAGAUGCACGAGUACAUGCGCCGGUACAACGAGCCCACCACGCCCCGGGGCGUGGCCACACUCAAGUAAGAGCCAAUCAG